CCUACUCCAGAGGCCGCGGUUCAUUUCAUCCAGGUUCGGGUGUGCGGUGUGGUCGUCUUCUGUGUUGGAGGUCGGUCUACGUGAAACGCACCGUGCUCGGAUGAAUCAUGACUAUCAUAUUGUUAAUCGUUGAUACGAGCGCUUCAAUGGCGCAAAAGACAUACUUGGGCACAUCAUAUCUGGAUGUUGCGCGUAACAUUAUUGACGCUUUGCAAAAGCAACGCAUGAAAGAUGUAGCGACGCGGGGCUAUGAUCGGUUUUUUCUCAUAACCACUGAGGAGUACCCGAACUGCAUCAAGUCUGGAUGGCGCGAGAGCAGUGCUGUACUACACGAGCAGCUGAAGCGUCUACGCCCUCGCGGCCGUGGCUCGAUUUCUGACGCUUUUAUGAAUGCACUAAAAUUCAUCAAUGUGCAUCGUGCCCAAACUGGAAUCGAUAAUUAUGGCUGCGGACGAUUUCCUACGUAUUUCGAGCCGGUGGUCUUAUUCGCUAUCACUGACUCAACUUCUGUGGCGGAUAUUCCGCCGGAUUUUAGGCUCGUGCCAACAACAAGGCCUUCGUUGGGAUCAGAGAUGACCAUAGAAUCAUUCCGAUGGGAUCAACGGCUAUUCACAUGCGUUUUACGUUAUCCAUCCAAAGGAACUCGGGUAUUUCUUACUCCGCCAAUCAUUCUUCCUAAUGGAGGCCAACCUAUUGAGUCUGUAUGUGCAUCGACAGGAGGAAGAUCGUUCCUGCUCCAGUCUCAUAAGCUGAUUGGACCAAUGGUGGAUCAAAUCGUUCAAGCCAUUCAACUAAAUGGAAUAAUUGUCCGCUUUGAAUGCCCGACUUUAGCAAGUGUAAGAGAAGGAAACGAAGAAUCUAUGUCAGACCGAGAUAAAGCGCGGUUGCGUUUACGAAAUCAUAUGGAAACAAAGCCGUUGACACUGGUGUAUGUAAAGGGACUAGGUGGGCGGCCACCUACUGGGCAUUGGCCAAUACCGGAAGCUUUUUGGCAUGAUCGUAUCGAGAAGGGUCAGCUUCCACCAAGACGAGCUCAUCCAUGUAUUGUAUUUUCAAUAGACGCGGUACCAUCGCCCACAAUCCAAACGGAUCUCCCUUUCGAUAAAUAUCAGCUGGAACCCAGUCCCGUAGCUGAAUAUAUCUUAGACAGGCAUCCUACUACCUCGACAAACAUGUGUUACCAAGUUUUUGUUCGCUCUUCAAGUCGGACAGAAGGUGUUGGCAAACCCUUUGGGUAUCUGAAGGCUGCGUCCACUGGACAAAUGGUGAACUUAAUUAUAAUGCCAUACAACUAUCCUGUGAUUGUACAGCUUCUGGAAGAAUAUAAGAAUGACCCGCGUGUUCGAAGUGGUGGUAACUGGAGAGCGAGAUUAGAUCGAUACGUGGAAGCCAUGCCUCCUUAUUACCUUACACCUCUUCGAAAUGCGUUCACGAAAAUGAAGAUGGAACCAGCAUUGCUGGAUGAACGGGGAGUUUCGCUCAGUCAAGUUUACCCCGCUCAACUAUUGAACUACCUGAAUGAUCUCAAAACUCAAGGGAAAGAGGAGUUCGAGAAGACAUGCACGACAUUGUCAGUGUUACUACAGCAGAAUAUGGCUCCGUUACCUCUGGUGCCCGUGGAACAACUGCCGUACUCAGCUCCAUCAACCAAGGAGUCGCAGCCUGUUGCUCGCCCAAAAGAUCGUGUUGGGAGAAGGGAUCGUCGAGAGCAAGACGCAAUGAAAGAUCCAGAAUCUGAAUUGACGAAGUUGCGGAUAUCACCGCAAAGGAUGCAGCUUCAUAUUCAUUUAUGCGAACCGCGUCUGAGAGCCUCGGCAGGAUGCAGGUUCAAAAAUCCGUUCAUUGCCCCAGCUAUCGAGCUGGUUGAAGAACUGCCAAGGUUACGAGCUAAUCUUGACAUGACGUUGCGCGACAGCCCCAUUGCUGUGCUUGACGGAGGCCCUCCCGGAGUUGAUUUGAAGCUGCAUAAUUCCGACGAGCUUCAUCAGUUACCCAUUUCGCAAAUGGGUAACUACGAGGAGUACAUCAAAGGUCUCGCAGCUGUGGGUAAAGGUCCACUUCGGCCAGUUGAACCAACGCCUGUGCGAACUCAUGCCUUCGGAAAUCCAUUCAAGACUGACAAGAAGAGUCUAGCAAUAGACGAAGUCGGUGAAGGCAUGGUAGGAGCCAAUGCAGCGGUACCAACCGCUAAAGAAACUCGCCGGGAACGUAAAGCCGAUGGCAUCGGUCGACCUCCUAAGCGGAAACCUGGGCCAGUUGCGCCAAACUGUCUGCAACAGUGGAGGGAAAGGCGAAGAACCAUCAGCGAACGAUCGUCUGUUGUAUCUGAUAUGUCUUAUACAUCGGACCUCGACAUUGACAUGCCAAGCACUAGCGAUGGAGUUACUGACGAGGCUCCUGUCAAUGAAAUGACAAAUGGAGUGGAUGCAUCAACUCUGAACGAGUUUGCUGGACUGGAACUGGAAGCAGAGAGUGCAGACGAGGAGGAAGAAGAAGAACUGGUGGCGACACCACCAAAAAGGCGAAAAACUGAGCGAUUGUCUGAAGAGCAGAUGAUGGAACGAAAGUUGCGGAUAGCGGAGAUUGUCCGGCGGCAUGCGAACAAUGGUACCGUGUGGACGGACCUUUGUCGUGAGACGGCAGCUGAUUUGAUAACGCACGUGUACGAAGUGUUUAUUCUCAAUUACGGGCGUUUGCUAGCAACUGCUGUGAUCUCAUUCGAUUGGGGCCUUACGGUGGCCUUUUCGUAUAGGCUUCAUCGCCUAAUUGGUGCGUCGACUAUUUGCUGGUGUCUUCCGUCAUGGUGUAAAUCGAGCUUGCGAAUGGAGGUGGGUGGGUGUAAAUGAUCCUGGUCGGUAUCUCUUUCGGUUGACUGCUCUUUUGCGGGUUACUCAUGCACUUUCGAAGUUCAUUCCUCAUCGUCAGUUCGUGAUAUCAAAAUUUCUACUCUUUGAUAUAUGCGUGCUUUUGCUUGCUGGGUCUCAGCAUAGUUUUCGUUGCAAUAAAAGAGAACUCCAUAGUAGUGGUCUUUCCUUAGUGCGGAUUUGCGCAUCUCCAGUGAAAAUCUUCGUAGGUGUACACAGCCAUAUGUAGCAUGUCCAUUCAUAUUAUUUAUUUUCUGUUCAAAAUACCCUUCACCGACUAUAAGGUUCACAUCUGUGUAAUGAUCCAUUGAAUGCAUUGAAUAAAAGAUGAUAAUCAUUUUUGGCAAACCAUUCUCUAUGCACAGCUGUUUCUUGUAGUAUCUGUUGGACUUCAAAGCUCAACAUCGUAUCCAAACACAGGUGCGUUUUCUUUGUAAUCUUGUAUAGAAACUUAGAUUUAGUUGCAAUUCUUUGC